AUGACUUGGCUCUGUUGGAAUGUUAGGGGGAUGAAUAAAAGGUACAAACAAAAUGAGCUGAAAUACUAUAUCGCUAGUAAGAAGCUCAAUUUUGUGUGCCAAGUAGAAACUCGUGUUAAAAUACAUAGAGUAGCAAGUGUCUUAAAUAAUGUGGCUCCUAGAUGGGGCAGCCUACACAACUAUAGUCAAGCCGAGAAUGGUAGAGUUUGGAUGCUUUGGGACCAAAACAGUUACGAGGUGAAGUUCAUAGAAGAAGGGGCUCAAUACAUUAAUGCACAUGUAAAAGGUAGACUUGAUGGGUUUGACGCGUAUGUCACUGCAAUUUACGGGUACAACAGUUUGGAACAAAGGAAAAUGCUAUGGCAAAAUCUGAUUCGAAUAGGCCAUGGGGUUACAAAACCAUGGUUGAUGUGGGGCGACUUUAAUGCAAUAUUAUCUCCCCUUGAUAGACUUAUGGGCAACCCUGUUACUGCUGCCGAAACACAAGACUUCUCGGACUGUAUCCAGGACCUACAUAUGAAUGAACUAACAUGGAAGGGUGAGUUUUAUACUUGGUCAAACAAGCAAUCUGGUACGGACAGAAUCUGGAGCAUGAUUGACCGAGCUUUUGGAAAUGCGAAUUGGCUGAUGCAAUGGGGACAUGUCCAGACGGAGUAUGAUUUACCACAUAUUUCGGAUCAUUCCCCAAUGCGUCUACAGUUAUACACAGCACCUCAAAGUGGCAAAACUCCAUUUAGGUUCUUUAAUAUUUGGGCUGAACAUGACCAGUUCCUUAGCAUACUACAGGAGGUAUGGAUGCAUCCGGUGGGGCAAACGGGUAUGAAGAAAAUCUGGCAGAAACUUAAAACACUCAAACCGCGACUUAAAGACCUUAACGUCAAAGAGUUCAAGGGAGUCCGGCAUAACAUCGAUAAGGCUCGACUGGAAUUAAAGACUGUCCAGACACAGUUGGGUUCUCAAUGCACUGAUGAGUUGAUAGCAAAGGAAAAACAACUCCUCCUUAAUCUAGAAAAAUGGUCCUUGAUCGAGGAAAGCAUUCUGAAACAGAAAUCUAGGGCCUCUUGGAUCAAACUUGGAGAUGGUAACACUAAAUAUUUUUCAGCUGUGAUGAAAGAGCGAUGCCAGAGGAAAUUGAUCAGCGAUAUCCGCUCCUUAAAUGGCCAGAGAAUUCGUGAGCCUAAAGAUAUUGAAGUGGAAAUCACUAAUUUCUAUAGAAACUUGAUGGGGUCAACUCAGGCAUGCCUCCCAGCUGUAGAUAAGUGA